AUGGGGAAUCUAGAUAGCCCCCCUACUGUGGGUAAUGAGUUGUCUGAAUACCAGGGUGAAUUUACUACUGCUCAAAACGUGGUGGAAACACAUGACCCUAUAAUAUUUGAGGAGCUGUGUACAAUCAAUACCAUGGAGGAUUUAUAUUUAGAGUCUAAUAACAUAACAUAUUUAGGCUUUAAAGUAUCUUUAGCGAUGGGUGCACGAUUUGCACCCUCAUACGCAAACGUAUUCAUGGGAUUAAAUAUCAGAAACUACCAGACUGUCUUGGCUUUCAUUUUUGCAAUAGAAGAAAUCAACAGGAAUCCUGAUCUACUGCCUAAUAUCACGCUUGGCUUCCAUAUUAUUGAUACCUGUUCAAAUGAAGAAAGGGUGAUAGCUGGAAUGUUUGAUAUUUUAUCAGGAGGGACUAUUCCAGUGCCAAACUUCUCCUGCUGUAUUUUGAACAACGUGGUGGGUGUUGUUGAUGGUAUAUCCUCAAAAAACACUAUCCUCCUGGCAAGGUUGCUUGGAAUGUAUCGUAUUCCACAGGUUAGCUGUUCAUCUUUGGAUGUAAUUCUAAGCGAUAAACUCCAGUUUCCUGCAUUCUAUCGAACUGUCCCGAGUGAUGAUUUACAGUGUGCUGCUAUUGUGCAUUUAUUAAAAUAUUUUCACUGGACAUGGGUGGGUCUGUUUGUAUCUGAUGAUGAAUCUGGCUUAAAGAUUAGUCAGAUGCUACAAAAAGAUUUUGCCAAAAAUGAAAUCUGUGUUGCUUUCCUUGAAUUUCUCCCUCUAAAGGACUACAUAGAUGAAACUAGGCGUCCACAAAUUGCCAAAAAUAUAAACUCAACCAAUGUAAUCAUUGUGUAUGGUGACAGAAAUUAUAUGUUUUCAUUACAGCUUCAAUUGUUUUUGUUCCCUAUCCCAGAAAAGGUGUGGAUAAUCUCUUCUCAGUGGGAUAUUACUUUUGGAUCUGACCUCUAUUUUCUGAGUCUUCAGCCUUUUAAUGGCAGUCUUGCUUUUGCACUUUAUAAAACUCCAAUACCAAAUUUUGAAAAAUUUACUCAAGGCAUAAGGCCCGACCUUUAUCCUAAGGAUAUUUUUAUUGAUAAUGUAUGGUUUUGGGUUUUCCAAUGUAAAUGGAAAAAAAAUGCCAGUGAUCCUGAAAAAUGUACGGGAAAAGAAAAACUACAAUAUGACGAUCUUACUAGCUAUAGCUACAUUAUAUACAAUGCGGUAUAUGCUUUAGCUCACGCGUUACACUCAAUGUAUUCCAGCAAUCCUAAGAAACAAAGUGAUGGACACUACUUUAAAUCUUGGAAGCUUCAUAAAUACCUGAAGAAUCUUUACUUUACAAAUAAUGCAGGGUCAGAAGUGUUUUUUGAUGACAAUGGAAACAUGCCGCUCAAAUUUGAAAUCUUAAACUGGAUUGUCUACCCCAAUGACACUCUUGAUGGCAUCAAAGUUGGAAACUUUGAUCCCCAGCAUGCCUACCAUAACUUCACUAUUCACGAAAGCCUGAUAAGGUGGAGCAGUGCCUUCAAUCAGACUCCACAUUCAACUUGUAGUGAAACCUGCCUUCCAGGAUACAGAAAGUCCCCUAAAGUAGGACACCCCACAUGCUGUCAUGACUGCAUUCCUUGCCUGGAGGGUGAGAUAUCCAAUCAAACAGAUAUGGAAGAAUGUAUCAAAUGUCCAGAAAACCAGUGGUCUAACACCAAAAGGGACAUGUGUGUGUAUAAAAUCAUAAUUUACUUAUCAUAUGAAGAACCACUGGGUACCUCGUUGGUACUGAUAUCAAUAAUAUUUUUUUUUCUUACAUGUUUUGUGUCUUUACUUUUUACAAAAUACAGAAAGACUCCAAUUGUUAAAGCCAAUAACCAGGAUCUAAGUUACAUUUUACUCUUUUCCCUAAAGACUUGCUUUCUCUGCAACUUAUUAUUUAUUGGACAUCCUAUCCAAGUGACAUGUAUUCUUAGGCAAACGAUUUUUGGUGUGACCUUCUCCAUUUCUCUUUCAUCCAUCUUGGCCAAGACCAUUACAGUAAUUAUUGCUUUCAAUGUUACCAAGCCAGCAAGUAAGUUAAGAAACUGGAUGCGAUCCCGUGUGCCUAAUCUUGUAGUAUUUGUUUGUUCACUUUUUCAAAUGACCAUUUGUGCUGGUUGGUUGGGAACCUCUCCCCCAUUUCCUUAUUAUAAUAUGGAGGAUGAAAUUGGAAUGAUAAUUGCACAGUGUAAUGAAGGAUCAGCGUUGGGAUUUUAUUGUGUCCUGGGAUUCACUGGAAUUCUGUCCUGUGUCUGUUUUAUCAUUGCUUUCUUUGCACGGAACUUGCCCAACAGUUUCAAUGAAGCCAAGUUUAUCACAUUCAGCAUGUUGGUGUUCUGUAGUGUAUGGAUUUCUUUUGUUCCAGCCUAUCUGAGCACUAAAGGCAAAUAUGUUGUGGCAGUGGAAAUAUUUGCUAUCCAGGCUUCUAGCAUGGCACUACUGGGCUGUAUAUUCAUCCCUAAAUGCUAUAUUAUACUUGUAAAACCUGAAUGUAACACUAGAAACUUUGUAAAAAAGAUGAAUUGCAUAAUUCUCAAAUAA